UUAAUUUUUAAAUGACUUCCCAACAACAUGUACGUUAGCAUCUCAUAGAAAAUAAUAUACGACGGCUUGAGUGAACAGCUUAGUGAGUUUCUAGUAAGGCAGUUUGUAACACGUCGAAUCAGUUGUUAUUUCCUUUUGCAAUCUCAUGGAAUUUUGUCCCUCCCCUCGUACCAUUGGAUGGAAACAGUAAUCGAACUGACUUGGCCAUAUCCAUGUCGUCAGCUACCUAGAAGCACCAGCAUUACGUGAGUAUAUGUUGUGCAACUCUACACAUUGCAUCUUUAUAUAAAGUCGCUAACACCAUUUCAAAAGAUUAAAUUUCAUCAUCCCGAAUAAAGAACUAGUCAAGCAAAACAUUGUUGCUCUAGCAAUGCAGAUAUUUUGGAGCCUUUCGACUUCUGUUUCAAUCAAGAAAUCCGGAUGAAUAAUUCAGAGAAAUAUUGGAUGUAAAUAGUAUGACUCAUCACAAAGUAUUACCUUAAGGGUAAAGGUGAAGCGUUCCAGAAUAUGAACGAUUUUGCUUCUAAACUUUGGUUGGUGGUUCUUCCUACUUCUCUCGGUGCACUUUUCAAACAAGAACUAGAAAAUUAAUGUUACAUAACAUUUAAUAAUAGGGAAUUCUUUCUUUUGCUACCUUUGUAUUUAUAAGGUAGCGUGGCCGAGCGGUCUAAGGCGCUGGUUUUAGGCACCAGUCUUUCGAGGCGUGGGUUCGAAUCCCACCGCUGCCAAGCACAAUCUUUUAUUUUUCAUUGUCCAUUUUCCCCGUUCUCGAUUAAACAUAUUUAAGUACAAGCAGAGCCAUUCAAGAACACGUGAAACGAAGAGCUAUGGAAAAUACCCAUUUGCUAUGUGACGUAUGAAUACCAAAUUAUAAUAAACGUCCGUUGUCAACAUCGACAACGUUUUGCCACCAUCAAAAUAGAUGAUAAAAAUUCUCAACUGAAGGCGAUUUCGUCAUUUAUUAUCUCCUGGAUCCAUCAUCGAGUGCACUUUUCGUAAGUUCAUUUUACAAAAUCAAUCUCAAAUCACCGUAACAAAACUUAAAACGAAGUUUUUCCUUUCGUUAAUUCAAAAUUCAAGUUGGCUUUAUUCUUACACUCAAAUAGCCAUAGGCAAUGAUUCCUCCCUUAAACCAUUACUGUAACUAGCUUUUUCUUUUUCCCCCCUUAAGAAGUAUAACUUCCUCGAAGUGGGUACAUUGUCAACCCAUCCGAUUAGAUCUCGAGUUUUUUUUUUUGUCAGGUAAAAAGCCCAAGGUGGAUAUGCAUGAAGCUGUCCAUCUUGUUGACCCUAUUUGCGUCCCAGUACCUCAUUUUUACCGUUUUACUUCGCUAGGCACAGUGAGCAGCAAGUCUAAUGUCACUUUCACUGUGCUCGGCCAAGACCUUUCAUGUUGUCGAAGGUCAAUCUGGGCCACGGAGGAACAGGGUCAACAAGGUUAGCCAUCUUAGUGGCUUAUGCCUUGCCUACAAAAGGCUGAUGUCCUGCGCUCAAUAAUCAGUGUUGAGUUGCAAGUGAACUGAGAAGCAUCUCUCAACAGCAGAUCGGGUUCCACGUUUAACUUACGAAAUAACUGGUGAUUUUCUGAUUCGCCAUGAAGGUUUUAGCAAUUAUACCUUUCCUGGCUGCUACAGCAUUUGCUGCCCCUAAUUAUGCAGUUGCACCUCCUCCACAAGCAAUAAUCAAUUCUUACGGUAACAAUGUUGCAACUUAUCCGGCCGGAGUGAGGCCCCCGAACAUCGAAGAAGUCCAAAAGGAAUGGAAUAAGUUUAUAGAAAAACUGCCAUGGCUGAAAGGUCCUGCUGGCCCUCCUGGUCCUCCCGGACCUCCUGGUGGAGGACGAGGAGUUGACAGCUAUGCAACUGAUUACAAUCAACCACCACAGACAAUUGUUGGACCCCCUGGCCCUCCCGGACCACCAGGACCAGCUGGAGCUAAAGGAGAGAUCGGAUACACUGGAAAACCGGGAUUGAAUGGCGCUCCCGGCCCACAAGGAGCACAGGGUUUUGAUGGCGCACCUGGUGCACAUGGAGAAAAAGGAGCAGCAGGCUACAAUGGAGCUCCCGGUGCUCCUGGAAAAGACGGUUACCCUGGAGCUAAAGGAGAGCCCGGUUACAAUGGCGCUCCUGGUUUGAACGGGGCCCCAGGAGCCCCUGGCAAAGACGGACUUAAUGGAAUGCCCGGAUUUUCUGGACCCAAGGGUGAAAAGGGUGCACAAGGGCCAACUUUAACUUCAACCAUUCCCGGCCCAAUCGGUGCUCCCGGACCUGCUGGUAAAGACGGAUGGCCUGGUUUCCCUGGUGGGCCUGGACCUGUUGGCCCUGUCGGCCCUGCUGGACCAGUCGGACCUGUUGGACGACCCGGUUCAAAUGGUUUUCCCGGAACCUCUGGUCCUAAAGGCGAAAUGGGAAAUCCCGGAUUCAACGGAAUGCCCGGCAAAGAUGGACUCAAUGGCGCUCCAAGCAUGCAACCAGGUCCGAUUGGACCACAAGGAUUGGUCGGACCACCAGGCUUCAACGGAGCUCCCGGAAAAGAUGGUUUACCUGGCCCCAUUGGUUUUCCAGGCAAAGACGGACUUAACGGCGCCCCCGGACCUAUCGGUCAACCCGGACAGCUAGGCAAACCUGGAAAAGAUGGUUUCAUUGGUUUCCCCGGAGCUCCUGGUUUCCCUGGUGCUCCAGGCCCUGUAGGACCUGAAGGCAAACCCGGUGCACUAGGCAUGACUGGCAGCCCAGGCCCGAUGGGUCCUGUUGGAGAAAUGGGACCUCAAGGUAACCCUGGAGCACCAGGUUUGCUUGGCGCUCCAGGUCCUAUCGGACCUGUAGGAAGACCUGGCCCUAUGGGAAGCCCAGGACCAACAGGUCCUCAAGGUAAUUCUGGCUCACCAGGAUUCCUAGGCGCUCCAGGACCAGUUGGACCUCAAGGAAGCCCUGGCGCUCCCCCACCUAUUGGAGCUCCAGGACCCGGAGCUCCUAUUGAUACUCCAAUCGGAGCACCUGGACCUUUCCCUUCCGGAGCACCUGGACCUAUCCCACCAGUUUACGGUGAACCCUCUGCCCAACAGGCUUCUUAUCCAACCCAGGCACAACAAUAUUCUAGCAAAGCACCGGAAGAAUCAGGCCGAAGCAAUCAGGACAUGUUCCAGUCGUUCGUAGCCAACGUCAAUCGAGGAUAGAUUUAGACUUAUAUGGACCUGAAAGUUAAAGAUUGUGUGCAGAUGAAUUUCUACGUUCAAUCUCUUGACAAGAAGCAAAACAAAUUAUAUGGCUGCAUUCCGCAUUCAUUUUUCUUUUGCCACAUACGAACAAUGAAUGAGUGGAUGUGAAACAUUUGAAGCGGUUUUGAAUAUACAAAUGAUGAAUUUCUAAA